AGGGUGCAAUGCAACACUGAUGGCUGACGACGCUGAGGAUGUGCCCCCUUUGGAGGAUAUGAGUGAGGUUUUGAAACAACUUGAACAGGUGAAACUUAGUAAUGUUAAAACAGAACCUAAAUCUACAAAAGAAAAUAAGACCAAUCCUCAGUUGAAACAAGAUGACCAUGGUGUGUCAGAACAGAGCAGAACAGCAUCUACAUCAGAAAAGAAUGCUGAGAAGAAACCUCAAAAAUCAACCACCACCACAUUUGCUGGCAUGAAGAAAGGAUUUCUUUUUGGUUCCGGUGCCAAACCUAAAGAGCAAAGCAAAGCUAAAACAACAACAACUGAAGACAUUCCAUUUAUAAAAGCCAAUAACCCAUCCAUUGGAUCAGAUAAAGUACAACCUAUACCAGAAGUACAAGAAGCACUUAAGAAUAGCACUCCACUCUUACAGGAUAAAAAGUGGGUGACAGACAGUUUAUUAUCACAGUUUGAGAAUAAUCCAGAUUUGAUGAAGCGCAUGUCUGAUCCAAGAUUUACUCAAGCAUUGACAAAGUUCCAGACUAAUCCACAAGAAGCCGUAAUAGAGUACCAACACGAUAAAGAAAUGCAUAAAUUCUUUAGUGAUGUAUCUGCUAUCUUAGGGGAUCAUUUCACCAAACUAAGUGAUAAAGAAGAUUCAUCCAACCCAGUAAAAUACCAAAAUGCACCUGGAGAUGUACAAAUACAUGAAGAAAGAACUGCUGACAUCAAGGAACAUAACCCAGCUGCACAGCCAUCUCAAGAAGAUAUUGAAAAGAUGCAAGCAAUAUUGAGUGAUCCAGAAAUUCGAUCCAUAAUAGAAGAUGUGAGAAUACAGAAACUGAUAGAAUCAUUGAGAAAAGAUCCUGACAGUGCUCAAGAACUCUUGACAAAUGCAGAUGUUGAAAUGCGAAUUAAAAUUCACAAGUUGGUUGAUGCCGGAUUGUUGGCGAUAACUGCUACUUAAUAUGUUUAUAUCUGUCCAUUGUAAAUUUUUUAUAAAUAAAUAAAAGGAAUUUAAUGAUUAUUUUAA